CCGUUUCCAGGUGAGAAACAGGUCCAGAGAGGCUCGAUGAUUUCUGUUAAGCUGUGAAGCCUGGGCAUUUCCCAUGACACCGGGUCGUUUCCGGCCAGAGCCAGUUGCCCAGAGAUGCGCGCCUUGAUGAACAGAGGGGGGCGGGGACCGCGGUUGCUUUAAAGCGCCCCAGCCGAGUGGCGCGGGGCGGGGCGCGCUCGGAGCCGCGGGGCGCAGGGUGCAGCAGCCGGAGCAGGGUCCCCAGAAGCGCCAGCGGGGCUGGCAGAGUUGGUGUGCCUCCACCUAGGACGGAGAAGGUGUGGUGGUUGGAUCCCACCUGGACGAGACGCAGGGGCCGCAAGGGGUGCACAGUGGCCUGCGUCGCCGCUGAGAUGGCGCAGCUCGUGCGGUGACGGUGCCCGUGCCCCGAGGGUACCAGUCUCGCGCCCCGCGCCCCCGGGCGAGCAUGGAGCGCCUGGAGCCCGAGCUGAUCCGGCAGAGCUGGCGGGCGGUGAGCAGCAGCCCGCUGGAGCAUGGCACAGUGCUGUUCACCAGGCUGUUUGACCUGGAGCCCGACCUACUGCCCCUCUUCCAGUACAACUGCCGCCAGUUCUCCAGCCCAGAGGAAUGCCUGUCCUCCCCCGAGUUCCUGGACCACAUCAGGAAGGUGAUGCUCGUGAUUGACACUGCGGUGACCAAUGUGGAGGACCUGUCCUCGCUGGAGGACUACCUUACAGGCCUGGGCAGGAAGCACCGUGCAGUGGGCGUCAAGCUCAGCUCCUUGUCGACGGUGGGUGAGUCCCUGCUCUACAUGCUGGAGAAGUGCCUGGGCCCCGCCUUCACACCAGCCACGAGGGCCGCCUGGAGCCAGCUCUAUGGGGCCAUAGUACAGGCCAUGAGUCGAGGCUGGGACGGCGAGUAAGAGGCAGCUCCUGCCCAGGGGCCUCCAUUUGUCUGUGUCUGCGUUUUGGUCUGUGUCCAUUGUAGCCCAAGCUCUCCUAGGCCUCCCUGCAUCUUGGUCCUUGUCCCCUUGGCCAUACUGGACAGGUGAUGGAGCAGGGCUGGGUCUCCAUCCCCCAUCCCCCCACGUAAGUGCAGACAGGGGGAUGAGGUGGCUUUUCCUUCAGGAAGCGUCUUCUGGAUUCCCGCUCCCCGGCCCCAGUAGCUCCUCCCUGCCUAUCUUAUUUCCCCUCUGGCACCUCCUCUUCUGUCAUGAGGAGCAGCAGCAUUUUGGUGGCACAGAUGGCAUGGGGCCAGGAACGUAUAGGACUUUGAGGGAACGGGCGCUUCUGUCAGCUACCCUUCCCAGGUGAGCCUGAGCUAAGUGCUCAGUGGGAUGGCUGCGAGCCAGGCACCUUCCCUUCCCGCCUGCCUUUAAUGCUUUUCUCUCCCAGGGGUGUUUGCUUUUCACAAGGACAGAGGAGGAGGGACAAUUUUAGCCUUCAUGGUGGAAUCACAGGCAGGUAAUCGGGAGAAACACUGAGGAAGGGAGAGGUGACCUGGCUCUGGGAGAGGGGCUCAUAGGGGUCUCAGAGUCCCACCCUGAAGGCACCUGACAGAGUGGUUUGUCUUUUGCAGUAUCUCCCUUUUGCUCACUCUGCACUUCUGGUGGGAGCUCCCUCAUAAUUGCUGUUAGAAUGAACUAGCCAGCAAGGUGGGGGGGGGGUUGUGGAAGUCCCAGGAAGAGGGGUGACUUCAUUCCAGAGAGCCCUGCGUUCCUCACCACCCACUCCAGCAGGGCCUGGGUCUCAUCUCCCAACCCUCCUUUCUGCCUCUGCCUGCACCAACUGUGGACCCCCAACUUCCCAAAUUUUCUGACCGGUGUAUGCCUGUACUUAGGCAGGUGGAUAGAUGAGAAAGCAGCGGGACAGGCCCUGAGCCCUCCCCCUGAGCUGUCUGCACGUUUAUCUUAUGCUCUAUGCUGUGUUUGUAUAAACUCAUGAGGAAUAAACCUUUUCUGCGUGCCUCUC